AUGCCUGCAUUUUUCCUCUCAAAAACAAAAGGGCCUCCUAGAAAGAAAAUUGGCGUCAAAAGGGGAUUGAAAGAUGGCGAUGACAAGGAAGCGAGGCUAUCAAGACGACGGCGGAUGAUGGAAAGGACAGAAAUAAGCUCUGAUGAUGAGGUUUCUGUUGCUAGCGAUAAAAUAUCAGAUGCCAGUGAAGGUGAAUAUGAAAUUGAAGAUGUUGCCCGGAUAAAAGCUAAGGAGUACCUCCAGAAACUUCAUGAAUCUGGAAAAACAGAAGAAGAGAUAGGUGAAACGUUAAAGGAAGACGCGGCUGUGAAGGCAGGGACAUUGAGGCGACAGUUGGCUGACUUGGCUGAAUUACGGGAUGAGGAAGAAAUAGCUUACCGAGCACACAGGUUCACCCCUCUUUCUGUAGCAAUCUCGCCGUGUGGGAAAUUCGUAAUUAGUUCUGGAAAGGAAUCGAGCAUAGUGAAAUAUGACAUUACCGCUCGAAAAGUAGUCGGAACUAUCAAACGUACGAAAGCUGGUGGUGAAGGGCAAAAAGCUCAUUAUGGUCACAUUUUGGCAUUGGCAAUUUCUUCCGAUGGGAGGUAUAUCGCAUCUGGCGGCCAUGAUGCUGUUUUGAAGAUAUGGGAUUUCAACACUCUCGCCCAUGUACGAGAUUUCAAAGGACAUCGUGCGCCGAUUACUGCCCUUUGUUUCCAACUGAAAACAAAUUGUUUGUUCAGCGCCAGUCGUGAUCGAUCUGUGAAGUUAUGGGAUUUGGACCAAAUGGGUCUGGUAGACACGAUGUAUGGUCAUCAAGAUGUCGUCAUGGGCGUUAGUGCUCUCCAAAAACAACGAGUUGUGACAGCUGGAAGACAAGAUCGAAGCUGUCGCUUGUGGAAGGUUGAAGACGAAAGCCAACUGCUGUUCAACGGACAUACCACAUGCAUAAGUAUGGAUUGUGUUGCAAUGCUGAACGAUGAACAUUUUGUUUCUGGAUCGGCAGAUGGGUAG